AUGGAACAAACUGAUCGAAACAGUGACCAGUCCCUAAAGAAGAAAGUGAAAAAUAUUGAAUUUGAUGUGCAUAGUUGUAGUCCAGCGAUUAUAGUUAAAUAUGAAGUCGAAUCAGCGGAUUAUAAUUUGCAAGUUGCAUCACUUGCUUUGCCAUUAAAGCAUUGCAAAACAGUCAUUCAGCUGAAGGAACUAAAUGAACGAGUGGAUAUACCUGCUCUUGCUCGACAUAUCCUCCAAGUUUGCUCAAUAAUACCAGAAUCCAGAAUUCAUGAAUUAGAACAGAUAUUAUAUUAUUUGCAAAAGCGGCACAGUUCAGGUAAUGUGAAUUUGUCGGUAGAAGGUCUGAAUGUUAUAUCGACAUCACGAGCAAGCAUAAGUAACAUCGAGGAUUAUAUCGAAAUGCUUUACGAUGAAGUUUCAGAGAAAACAAAGGCAACAUCUUUGUUUUUAAAGCUUAGUCAAAAUCACAGAAACCUUCAGCAACUUAUUGGGAACGAGGUAUUGAUGGGUGCUCUCGUACGUGUAUUACGAGAUGAUUGGAAGAAAAGUUUCGAACUUGCUACUAAUAUUAUUACAGUAUUUUAUAACUUUUCCAUCUAUACCAAUUUUCAUCAAAUUCUCGCACAUCAUAAAAUUGGUUCUCUGUCGAUGCAAAUUGUUGAUUAUGGAUUGAAACGUUGGGAAGCGUGGAAAACAGAAGCAUGUCACAGCGAUGAAUGUACCAAACGUCGUUUGAACCUUGCAAUUCGCAAACAACAGCAAUUAAUUGCUGCUUGUUUAAAUUUGUUGCUGAAUUUGGCUGAAGAUAUUAGAGUUGAAAUGAAAAUGGUGAAUCGACGGAUAGUUGCAUUGCUCUCGAAAUGUAUACAAGAUCAUGACGCUGUUUUAUCGUUGCUUUUAUCUGCCACCAAUUUUUUGCUUAAAUUAAGCAUUUAUACUGAAAAUAAGGAAGCGAUGAUAAGCGGUCGCGUUGUAGAAAAUAUAUCUUUUUUAUUUCCAAUAAAAAAUGCAACUCUACGACACAGCGCUAUUCAACUGUUAUUCAAUUUGUCAUUUAUACCAUCUCUUCGUGAUCAAAUGGUUUCUGCUGGCUUCAUUUCUCAUGUAGCACCGCUAAUUGAUGAUGAAAGUGCCCUGAAACUAUUUUACCAGUUAAGCAUCAAUGAUGACGCUAAAGCAAUGAUUACCUAUACCGACGCUUUACAAAAUCUAAUGCGCAUAUUGCUAACUGGUAAUAAUUCGAAUAUAGUGAAAGCAAUUUUGAUCAAUAUAGCACUGGAGAAGCGUAAUGCUCAAUUACUUUGUGGUACUGAUGGCGAAGGACUUAAUUUAUUAAUCGAAGCGGCUUUAAAUGGAAAAGAUCAAUUAUUGCUGAAAAUAGUACGCAAUAUUGCAAUUCACGAUGGUCCUACACAAGCAAUGUUUUCGAAAUGGGCUAUUCGUUUGCUUGAAAUUGUAAUGGACAAAAAGGAUGAGAAAGGGCUUGAUUCAUUUGCCUUAGAAUGUUUGGGUAUUAUCAACCAACUAACAAGUGUUGACUGGGCAUCGUUAGCUGAGCAAGUUUCACUUAUUUCGUGGAUUGAGGAUAAUCUUAAAGGGCAAUUAAUGGUUCAAUCACAUGCAGAUCAAUUGUUGCAGGUGAUUAUUCUGUGUGGAACAAUGGCUCGACAAUUAAAUGCGGCUCGUUUGAUAGUGCCUCUCACAGAUCAGCUAAUCGAGUUAUUGACAGUUUACCAGGAAGAUGAUGAAAUGGUCAUACAAGUGGUAUACGUCUUUUAUGCUAUAAUAACACAUGAAGAACUCAGUGAAAGUGUUAUGGGUGGAAGUGCACACAUUGGUGCUUAUCUUAUCGAUUUAAUGCACGACAAAAAUGUACCUCUUCGUGCAGUAUGUGAUCGUGCGCUUUCCAUUAUUGCUGAACGCAGUGAAGAGUGGGCUCGAAAAAUGGACGUUGAGCGCUUCCGUUGGCAUAAUUUACAGUGGCUAGAAAUGGUUGCCGAUAGCAAUAAUGUAACAUCGAGCGAUUCGGUGAUUUCUGGUUCAUCAGAUAUUUGCAGCGAGAUAUUCGGUGCCGAAGAUAUUCUUGGUGAUGCAUCACCGGAUAUUUCUCUUACACAUGUAAAUAAUGACUUUUAA